AAAAAAAAAAAAAAAAGAAACCUGCAAUCAUUUGCCACAUUGAAGGGAACAAAUGUAGCUGGGGGCAGUGAGGGAGAGUGAGAGAGAAGGGGACAGGCAGAGAGAGAGAGAGAGAGAGGGAGGGAGAGGGAGAGAGAGAGAGACCUUCCAUGGACAUUGCACAUUAAAGCCACAGUGCAUCGUGGGAGAAGAUUACACACCAACUGACAGGUUGGCGGAAGGAGGAGAAGCUCAGGGAGUUUGGCGCUGCCCUGUCUCCGCCUGCUCCCCGCUGUGUGGCGUGCCUGUAUGCCUGCACACACACACACACACACACACACAGAGACUCACACACUCUCUCUCUGUGAGCCUGUCAGAGCGCCGGGCUCUCCGGGUGGGUAGGGAGCCGUGUUGUAGAGAGAGAUGUGCGCUCUGAGGAUGAGACAGCAUUUCUAACGGGAUCUUAUUUGCGAACUGGGAUAAUACACUGACACAGCCGAGGGGGCCCGAGCCCACCGGAACCAACCGCAUCAGCCAUGGAGGGACUGCUGUCUCCGAUGAGGACGCGGAUGACAGAGGGAAGGCGAUGUCAGGUCCAUCUCCUGGACGACAGGAAGCUGGAGCUCCUCGUACAGCCCAAGCUGAUGGCAAAGGAUUUGCUGGACCUAGUAGCCUCUCACUUCAACCUAAAGGAGAAGGAGUACUUUGGAAUCGCAUACACGGAUGAAACGGGCCAUUUUAGCUGGCUGCAGCUGGACCGCCGGGUAUUAGAACAUGAAUUCCCCAAGAAGUCCGGCCCUAUUGUCCUCUAUUUCUGCGUCAGGUUCUACAUUGAAAGUAUAUCCUACCUGAAGGACAAUGCAACCAUUGAGCUGUUCUUUCUUAAUGCCAAGUCCAUCAUCUACAAGGAACUCAUCGAAGUAGACAGUGAGGUUGUCUUCGAAUUGGCCUCCUACAUUCUACAAGAGGCGAAAGGCGAUUUCACCAGUAACGAUGCAACCAGGUCUGACCUGAAAAAGUUGCCUGCUCUGCCCACCCAGGCCCUAAAGGAACACCCGUCUCUGGCCUACUGUGAAGACAGAGUCAUAGAGCAUUACAAGAAGCUCAGUGGGCAGUCCAGAGGCCAGGCUAUUGUAAAUUAUAUGAGCAUUGUGGAGUCUCUGCCCACAUAUGGAGUGCAUUACUACGCUGUAAAGGACAAACAGGGGAUCCCGUGGUGGUUAGGACUGAGCUAUAAAGGCAUCUUUCAGUAUGACCACCAGGACAAAGUUAAACCCAGGAAGGUGUUCCAAUGGCGGCAGCUGGAGAACCUCUACUUCAGAGAGAAGAAGUUUUCAGUAGAAGUUCAUGACCCCAGGAGUAGGGCGUCGGUAACGAGAAGGACGUUCGGCCACAGCGGCAUCGCCGUGCAUACCUGGUACGCCUGUCCCGCCCUCAUCAAAUCCAUCUGGGCCAUGGCCAUCAGCCAGCACCAGUUCUACCUGGACCGCAAGCAAAGCAAGUCAAAGAUCCAUGCAGCACGGAGUUUAAGUGAGAUUGCAAUAGAUCUUACGGAAACAGGAACUUUGAAGACGUCCAAACUGGCCAACAUGGGCAGCAAGGGAAAGAUCAUCAGCGGCAGCAGUGGCAGUCUUCUGUCCUCAGGCUCUCAGGAAUCGGACAGCUCCCAGACAGCUAAGAAAGACAUGCUGGCAGCGCUGAGGGCCAGACAGGAAGCUCUGGAAGAAACACUAAGACAGAGACUAGAGGAACUGAAGAGCAUCUGCAUAAGAGAGGCGGAGCUGACAGGAAAACUUCCAAAAGAGUAUCCCUUAGAUCCAGGAGAGGAGCCUCCUACUGUGAGACGGAAGAUCGGCACUGCCUUCAAAUUGGACGAGCAGAAAAUCCUACCUAAGGGCGAGGAAGAGGAGCUUGAGCGUUUGGAGCGGGAGUUUGCCAUCCAGUCGCAGAUUACAGAGGCAGCCCGGCGUCUUGCCAGCGAUCCUCACGUGAGCAGCAAGAAGCUGAAGAAGCAGAGGAAGACUUCUUAUCUAAACGCACUGAAGAAGCUCCAGGAAAUUGAGAACUCCAUCAAUGAGUACCGAGUCCGCUCCGGCAAGAAACCCACGCAGAGGGCAUCACUUAUCAUAGAAGAAGCCAACAUUUGCUCUGAAGACAGCUCACUGUCUGAUGCACUGGUCUUAGAUGACGAUGAUCCUCAAGUCACAGGUACUCCAACCUUUUCUCCGGUAGCAUCGCCUCACAAGGGCCUGCCUCCGCGGCCGCCGUCCCACAGCCGGCCCCCUCCGCCGCAGUCCCUGGACGGUCUGCGACACCUGCACUACACGCGCUCCGACUACGAUAAAUCCCCAAUCAAACCCAAGAUGUGGAGUGAAUCGUCGCUGGACGAGCCCUACGAAAAAGUGAAGAAGCGCUCCUCUCACUCCAGUCACAGGCGUUUCCCCAGCUCGGGCAGUGCAGAAGCAGGGGGCAGCAACUCCUUGCAGAGCAGCCCCAUCAGGAGUCUCCCUCACUGGAACUCUCAGUCCAGCAUGCCAUCGACCCCGGACCUGAGAACCAGGAACACACACUAUGUACAUUCCACCAGGUCAGUGGACAUCAGUCCCACACGUCUGCACAGUCUCGCUCAGCACUUUAGGAACCGCAGCUCCAGCCUGGAGUCCCAGGGCAAGCUGCUGGUGUCCGAUCCGGACGCACACCCACACACGCUAGGCAGCCCGGACUUCUUCCUGGGUCCUGGACGCAGCUCCAAUGGCUCCGACCCCCUGGACGACUGCUCCUCCUGCACCAGCCAAAGCAGCUCAGAGCAUUACUACCCCUCCGGCGGACCCCCUGGCAGCAACCCAAACUAUUCUACUCUGGGAGAGGACUCACCCUCCAAAGCCAGACAGAGACAGAGGCAAAGGCACAGGUCUGCAGGCCAUUUGGGAUCCUCUAACUCCGGUUCAAUGCCAAACCUGGCAGCUAAGAACGGCUCGGGUGGAGGUUCGGGCGGCGGCGGGAUAGGAGGCGGACACCACGGAGUCUACCUGCACAGCCAGAGCCAGCCCUCGUCCCAGUACCGCAUCAAAGAGUAUCCGCUAUACGUGGAGGGCAGCCCCAACCCCGUGGUGGUGCGCAGCUUGGAGAGCGACCAGGAGGGCCACUACAGCGUCAAGGCUCAGUUCAAGACCUCCAGCUCCUACACGGCCGGGGGACUGUACAAGGAGGCCUGGGGGGGCGAGGAGGGGGGAGAGGGGAGCGGCCGACUCACGCCGUCGCGCUCUCAGAUCGUACGGACUCCGUCGCUGGGGCGAGAGGGGGGCGGAGGCGGCGGCGGGGGGAGGGCGGCGGUGUCCGAGGAGCUGCGGUGCUGGUACCAGAGGUCUUCAGGGAGCCUGAAGGAGAGGAGUCACUCACAUUCAGGAUCCACAUCAUCCGAGACCGGGUCACAGCAAGGCACUCUGGGACACGGUCGAGGGAGUCGAGUUGGGACACUCGCCAAGGGCUCACCAGCUGCAUCCCCGCACAGCCAGAGGAGCAUGACGCCCUCCAGCGAGCACGCAGUCACACCCACACCCCCCUGUAGCCCACAGCACAUCCUCAACUGGCAGAGCGGGUCUUUCAGUGACAGCUGUUUCCUCAGCAGCCCGCUGUGCUCAGAGCUGGCAGACGUGCAGUGGUACGGACAAGACAAGGCCAAACCCGGAACGCUGGUCUGAGACCGAGGACGGUCCUGUUUGCCCUCUCCUUACUGCCGCUCCACUGUCCCUCACUACUACCCAUCAACAACCAACAACCUCAUCCUGAAAGCCCUAUGACCACCCCAACCAGACCGGACGUGAGCCCCCCCCCCCGUCCCCCGAACCACACCACUUCUCUCACAGCUCAGCUGGGCAGGGACACACUCGCCGAGCUCUGAUCAGGGGCGGACUGAGAAACGCCCCCACCCCACCCGCCCCUCCCCCCUCUCAGCUGUUGAACUGUUGCCCUCCAGCACCACAGAGCGCUUUCUUUACUCACUUUACUUGCAGCACACAAGCAACAGGCGAAGGGGAAACAAGCAACGAGAAGAGAGAGCACAGAUGAAAAUCAGACACACAACACAACUCCAGACAUCGGCCGUUCGCGGGACGUGUUUCACAUCUCAUCCUACCCACUACGAUGCACUGCCACCCCACUGGAGGACACCUGCUGGAUAUGAGCCAACAGUUUGAAACCCAUUUAUCUUUCAGCCUGUCGUUGCAUUUCAUCAUCCGCAUUCUCGUCGUUUGUCGUUUUGUCUCUAUUUUUGCCCCGAGCGUUUGUUAAAAAGAGAAGGUAAGACUUCUCCGAGAGUCGAGAUUAACAAACAGCGACGCAAGGAAAUUCAAAAAUGUCUUCAUGUAAUUCCACAACCAAAGACAGCAGCUGGAGGUGACAGGUCAGAGGUCAUAAAGGUUCAUAAAAACCACCCGGAUCAGAGGAAAUGCUCAGUGGAUUCUCAGAUACUGUCAGCGAUGUUGAUGGGGAUCAUAGCAAUAACAGUGUACAGGUCUGUGAACUGGUUUGACUCUGCAGAGUGUGGAGCGACGAGUGAAUCGUUGGCAGAUUUUGAAGUGGUGGUGAUUGGGUUUGGCGUUGGCUUUCUUCAGUGACGCGAAUCACUCAUGUUUAUGUAACAUCAUUAAAAGAUUUGUUUGGCCACGCGGCGGCCGUUCGAGGUGAGGGUGAGGAGCCUCUUAUCAGUGUUGUGGUUUGAUCAUUCCUCCUUUGAGUUUCACCGUGAAGGACGGUGGCCGGUGUCUGCCGGCAGUUUGAUCCCGAGGCCGCUCUGAGGUGAGCUGUUCUGACCUGCUCUGGUCCCGACUGUCAGUUAUCGCCACUCCGAGUGUCCGUCGGCCCCCUCGGUAGCGCCGCCUUUUCUCGCCUCCCUCCCGCUUCGCCCAACUUUCUUUAACCGGUUCCAAACACGUUGGUGCUCUGCGUUCGUACUGUAGUGAAGUACAGAGACAUUUUCACCCCUUUAAAUCUACCCAAUCGAAAGCCAUCCAGCAAGGUCGCAACAGCAACACGUUUUGCUGAAGUUUAAUUUGUUCAGACAUACUUUGAAAGCACAACAGUGUUAAAUUGAGGGCUUUACCUGAAGAUAGUGUGUUCUCGCUACAAGUGCUACUACCAAGUGUUAAUUUUCACGAGUAUGCAGACGAGUUUCAGGUUGCUGACGAUGAAUGCUCCACCGUCAGGGCAGAAGAGAAGCUGUAGCCAGACCUGAGAGAAAUUCUUAGCCAUCGGUUAAGUUACUUUCAGACGUAUCCCGAGCAACAAUCAAACCUUCAAAACAGGGUUAUAAAAGCACACCUGGUUUUAUAAAGGAAGAAACAUUGUUUUUUCUCUUUCACACUUUUCUUCUUUCAUCAGCAUCUCAACAAACGCUCUUGAAUUCAUGAGGUUUUAAUUUUGUUAAAAUUAUGACAAGUUGUAAAUCUGACUUAGAGGAAGCUUUUCAAUCAUCCCGAUAGAUUAAAGUUGCUUCUGUGCUGUUCGGCACAGGAGGAACGGUCUCCAUUCCCCCCCCCCCCCCGUCCUCGGUAGUGUCGUGUUUCCGUUCUGCUGUCGAUUUGCUGUAAUUUUCUCUGCCACUUUCUGUGCUGUUUCAGCACAGAGGCGUGGCCCCACUCCCCGCAUGGUCGCUUCUCCAAAACUUAUUCACCCAUGCUUGGUCAAAUUUGACAAGUCUUUACCCAUAAUUGAAAACAGCGAUUCCUGCUGAGCGUCUUAAUAAUAUGAACCCAUGACUUCCUGUGUGUUCAUGUCUGCUCCUGCAUCGUGUUUUAAAAUCACAGGGUCCCGUGCAUGCCCUGCAGAUCCACCCGCUCCAAACGAAGACACCCCCCCGCCCAAAGACAGCGUUUCACUUCGUAACGCAGAUUUUUGCUCCAUAGUGACAGCCCCUAAAUAACAACGUAAUUCUGUCCUUGUAAUCUCCAACCUCUGAACCCAUCGUGAAGACGUGUGACAUCCAUUCCCUCCGUAUUUCCACCCGCGACUGAUUUCCUGUGCUCCAUGCAAAUGUUUUUUUUGUAACGAUCCAAGAGAAACUAUUUUAUCAGUCUUUUCCUGUACGUAUGGAGGGGCGCCGUGAGGUUUUUUUGUGGGGUUUUUAACAUUCGCAUCCAUUGUUUUAACAACGUCCCAUUUUAUAUGAACCGGUAUUGUUUGUUGUUUUUUUCAGUUCUGACAUUGUAACAACCCUUUCAGGUGCUACAAAAUGACCAGUUACUGCUUCGUCACGUAGGAUCUAGACGUCUCUCCAUUCUUAUCAAUAGAUUCAAUACCAGAUGUGCAAAAUGAAGCUUAUUUUAACAGACAGUUUAAUAGUAGAACACUUCCUCUACCAGACAAUAGAGCAUGUAACUCGAUUUUAUCAGUUCUCUUCAACCCGUAACAAUACAUUAAAGGUGUUGUAGAAAAAAAUGUGGAAUUGAUUUAAAAAAAACAACAAAACAAAACCCUGAAUUCCACAGUUAAUUUAUUCUUUUUUCUAUUAAGAAUUUGUAUAGUAACUUUACAUUUUUCAAAACUGUGUUGUUGGAAAUUGAUGAUGAAUUUUCAAGAUGAGAAGCCGUGGUGGUUCUUGAGAGUAAGAAAAUAAAUUAUUGAUGAAUGUUCUCAAGA